CAUAAGCUUGUUUGAUGAAUGAAUGACUGAAUGAAUCCGUUAUUCAAUGAAAGAGAAGCAGGAGCCAAUCCCCGCUACAAAGCCAAAGCAAUGGCGUUAACGAUGAAGAGCAUUACACCAAUACAUGUGCGCGAAGUCUGGGCAGAGAACCUCGUAGCUGAGUUUUCUCUAAUCAAGGAAGCAAUCUCUAGCUUCUCCUUCGUUUCAUUGGACACUGAAUUCCCUGGUACUCUCUUUCUGUCAAAUCUUGACAAGAGUUUGCUGUCUCAAGCCCCUCCUUCUCACAAUUACCGUCUCAUGAAGUGCAAUGUUGAUAUCUUGAAAAUAAUUCAGCUUGGGAUGACCCUGUCUGAUUCACAAGGAAAUCUUCCAAGUUUCGGAACAGAAUUCCACUACGUUUGGCAGUUUAAUUUCCGGGAUUUCAACAUCCAGCAUGAUCCUUACAACGACGAAUCUAUUGGGUUACUUGAACGCCAAGGUAUUGAUCUCAAGAAGAACAGAGAAAAGGGUCUCGAUUCCUCAGAUUUUGCAUGGAUUGGUUUGCGCGGUGGAUUGGAGAGGGUGGCUAAGUUACUGGGUGUAGAACGGACAACCGGAAGAAGGCACCAGGCAGGAUCUGAUAGCCUAUUAACCCAGCAAACAUUCGUGAGAUUUAAGGAUUCUUGCGCUAAUCUUGAUCUUGAAAACUUGAAUGGCUGUGAGGGAAUGAUUUUUGGACUAUGUGAAGGCUGGCUGGGAUUCGAUCGUAGACCUGAAGUAUACAAUUUUGAAACCUCUACCCGGUUGAAACCUCAGUUUAAGGAAGUGUUUUCAGUGUAAUCUU